AUGCAGCGACGCGCGCAAGCCGAGGCGCGCGCCGCGAAGGCGAAGGAUGAAAACGCGAAGGAGAAGACGCACGCGAUUCCGCUCGAUAGCGAAUACCGAAGCUUGUUCACGCCCGCGGGAUGGGCGUUCGCGAUUUGGGGGGCGAUUUACGCCGGAGAGUUCGCGCUGGUGGCGCACGCGUUGGCGUCGGCGAGCGGAGGCGGCGCGAGCGAGGCGGCGACGCGCGCCGUCGCGCCGAGCUGGGCGCUCGCGUGUGCGUUUCAAGCGUUGUGGUGCGCGGCGUUCAGACCGUGGGCCAAGGCGCCUAGACACUUUUGGGUGUCGAGCGCGUUGUUGGUCGCCGAGGCGGUUGCGCUGGGUUCGGCGCACCGAGCGCUGCGCGCCGCGGCGAGCGCGGCGAGCAAGGCGUGGUAUUGGACGACGCACGUUCCUCUGUCGAUGCACUUCGGUUGGAUUUCAUGUGCGGCGUUGGUGAACUUGAACUCACACGUCGCGAAGACGUGCGCGCCGGACACGCAGCUCGCGACGGCGUUUCUCUCGGCGUUCGGCGCGGGCGGUUUGGGCGCUGCGGUGACGCUCACGACGGGCGAUCCUGUGUACGCACUCGUCAUCGCCUGGGCGCUCACCGCCGUGGCGAGCGACGGUGGGAAGCGCACGACGGAAACGUUGGCGGAUGUCCCGCUCAAAGCAUUGACGAAGGCGGCGCGAUGGGGCGCUCGCGCAGCGCUCGCGAGCGUCGUCGUGAGUCAGAUGCCCGCGUUCGCUGCGUGA